GCCAGAUGACGGAUGCGAAGAGAAAAAUAAAGAGUGUGAUGACUCUACCUGGAACCCUAAUCUAUCGUUCGAUAGGCAGAUCCGGGAGAUAAAAAAGGGUAGCGAUGGUUUCGUUCCUAAAUCGAGCAGUCGCCAUUUGAUGAGUCCAAUUUCGAUUUAAUUGACCGACGGGCUACCGAUUUCACCGAUCACUUUAUCAGCGAUUGUCGUCUUGAUCCAUCUGGUCACGGUUUGGAACAAUUUUUUAGCAGUCUACUUUGUGACUGGGGUUCAAAUCAGCGGGGAAUCAUCAAAUGGCGAGGAAGAUGCUGAUAGAUGGAGAGCUUGGCCAGACCGCAACGGACGAGAAACAGUAUGAUUUCGACCUCUUUGUUAUCGGCGCUGGGAGCGGUGGUGUCCGCGCUUCUCGAACUUCCGCUGCCUUUGGAGCCAAGGUUGCCAUCUGCGAGCUUCCAUUUCAUCCCGUCAGUUCGGAAGUCAUUGGAGGAGUUGGUGGAACGUGUGUUAUACGUGGAUGUGUUCCUAAAAAGAUAUUGGUUUAUGCUGCACAAUUUAGAGGUGAAUUUGAGGAUUCUAGAAAUUUUGGGUGGGAGCUCAGUGAUGAAAUUGGCUUCAAUUGGAAAAAACUUUUGCACAAUAAGACACAGGAAAUCAUUCGGUUAAAUGGAAUAUACAAGAGAUUACUAUCGAAUGCUGGUGUGACAAUGUUCGAAGGAGAGGGCAAGCUAAUAGAUGCACAUUUAGUAGAAGUGACACAACCAGAUGGUACAACAAAGCAGUACUCUGCAAAACAUAUCUUGAUUGCGACUGGUAGUCGAGCUCAGCUUGUGAAUAUUCCAGGGAAGGAAUUGGCUAUUACUUCUGAUGAGGCAUUAAGCUUAGAUGAGUUACCAAAACGUGCCGUGAUACUUGGUGGAGGAUAUAUUGCCAUUGAAUUUGCUUCAAUAUGGCGAGGAAUGGGUGCAGAAGUGGAUCUAUUUUACCGGAAGGAACUUCCAUUAAGGGGCUUUGAUGAUGAAAUGAGAGCGGCUGUUGCAAAAAACCUCGAAGGAAGGGGCAUACGGUUGCACCCAGGAACAAAUUUGUCAGAGUUGCGGCAAAGUGGAGAUGGCAUAAGAGUUCUGACUGACCAUGGAGAUCAAAUUACAACAGAUGUUGUCUUAUUUGCAACAGGUCGGCUUCCAAACACAAAGAGGUUGAAUUUGCAGGCUGUUGGUGUUGAGGUUGAUAAAACAGGAGCUGUUAAGGUUGACGAAUAUUCUCGCACUACAGUUCCCAACAUAUGGGCUGUCGGUGAUGUUACAAACCGAAUAAAUCUGACCCCUGUGGCGUUAAUGGAGGGAACUUGCUUUUCUAAAACUGUUUUUGGUGGACAGCCAACUAAACCUGAUUAUAUUAAUGUACCCUGUGCUGUGUUUUGCAUACCGCCACUUUCAGUAGUAGGUCUCAACGAGCAGCAGGCUCUGGAGCAAACAAAGAGCGACAUUCUUGUUUACACAUCUUCAUUUAAUCCCAUGAAAAACACUAUCUCUGGAAGGCAAGAAAAGACAACUAUGAAGCUUGUUGUUGAUGCAGAAACUGAUGAAGUACUGGGUGCAUCCAUGUGCGGACCUGAUGCACCUGAGAUUAUGCAGGGUAUCGCAGUUGCACUCAAAUGCGGAGCCACGAAAGCACAAUUUGAUAGCACAGUGGGAAUCCAUCCUUCAGCUGCUGAAGAAUUUGUGACUAUGCGAUCCAUCACAAGGCGUGUUGCCGCAGGAACGAAACUGAAGACUAAUCUGUAAAUGAAGGUUUGUAGUUUAGGAAUGAGAACAAUCUUUUGAUUCAUCAGAACAGGUGUCGUGUUUCAAAUUAGGGCCACUUCUUUUCCUUCAACAAAUACAGUGAUGAAACCUUGAGAAAUUGGUUUUGUUGGAUCUCUCAGUAUCUGAAUAAAAUGGUUGCAUUGUUGAUUUCUGCCUUCA